AUGCGUCUCUUAUUUCUGUAUUCUGUGUUUUUCUUCUAUUAUUCAGAAGCUUUCAAUUUCUUGGUUAUUUCUCCAAUCUAUAGUUAUAGUCAUGUGAAGUUUAUGAGCAAUAUAGCUGAUAAACUGGCUGACCAUGGACAUGAAGUUGUAGUUUUUCAACAGCAAAUACUGGAAUCUUUGAGAGAUAAAAAAGUUAUAAAGAAUCCCUCUGUUAAGAUUAUUAACUAUGAAGCUGGUGAUGCGGGUAAAGAGUUUUAUAAAACUAGACCAAAAAGCACUGUGAGUAAGUAUUGGACAACUAAUCAAGCUACUACACCUUGGGCUGCUGAUCAGUUCGCGGAGACUAUGAGCAAAGAUUUGGAGCACAUGUGUCUGCAAAUUUUCAAAGACAAAAACCUGCAUAACCAAUUAAAGAAGGAGAAAUUCGAUGUAGUAAUAGCUGAGCCAUUUGAUCCUUGCGGACUCUAUCUGGCGGAUUAUUUGCAAAUUCCAUCAACGAUCGUGGCUAUGGCUUCAUCUAGAAUCGAACCAAUUCAAUGGGCUGUCGGACAACCAAGUGGUCUAAAUUUCAUUCCAGGACCAGGAAGCGCAUAUGGAAAGAGCUCUGGAAUAUGGGAUCGUGUGAAUAAUAUCUGGAUGUUUAUCAUGAGAACUAGAAUGUUCAGAACUGUGUAUUGGAAUCUGUUGGAUACACUCCGAGAACAAACUGGAGUAGUGAUUAGAGACAUCGAUGUAAGUCUCGAUUUUUCCAAAUUUUAUAAAUCUAAAGUUCAGGAAAUUGUGGCUGAUAGUGCUUAUUUAUUUUUCAAUUCCAAUCCAUACCUGGACUUCCCUUUCCCUUCAUUGACCAAAUGUGUUCCAAUCGGUGGAUUCUCUAUGGACAUUUCUUCUUGGAAAUCGGAAAAGUUGCCAGAUGAUUUGCAUAAGCUGUUGGACGAACGAUAUAAAACAGUGUACAUUUCUUUUGGAUCUAUGAUAAGAUCAAGUGAUAUGCCCGAUUCGUAUAAAAGCGGAAUAAUUGAAAUGAUGAAGUCGAUGCCUAAUGUCAAUUUCAUUUGGAAAUAUGAAGAUGGAAACGACCAAGAAUUCAAGAAAAAGCUUCCGGAAAAUGUUCAUCCGAAGAAAUGGCUCCCGCAACCUGCUUUAGUUUCAGCGGACCACCGCCUUUCCUUGUUUAUCACUCAUGGUGGCCUCGGAAGUGUAAUGGAAGUCGCCUAUGCUGGAAUUCCAGCUAUCGUCGUACCUUUGUUUUUCGAUCAACCAAUGAAUGGAGAAAUGCUUAAACGGCAUGGAGGAGCAGAAGUUUAUUCGAAAUUCGAUCUGGGGAACUCUCAGAAAUUAGCAGAUGUUGUCCAAGAAAUGUUGAAACCGGAAUACGCUAUAAAUGCAUUACGGCUUUCGAAUCUUCUCCAAAAACAACCAAUAGAUCCAGUGAACCGUCUCAUUAAGCAUGCGGAGUUUGCUGCGGAAUUCAAGAAAUUUCAAGAAUUAGAUCCUUAUUCUAGACAACUUAAUUUUGCUCAAUACUUCUUUAUCGAUAUUUUUGUGAUCAUUUUUAUUAUGUUUGCUACAGUACUUAUGUUCUUUAAAUAA